CCUCACAUGACAUCCUAUUGGAUUUAUCUCGUUAUCCGUUAAUUUCCAUUUCAGUCCCAAACAGAGGAGCUGAGCUUGCCCUCUUUCAAUGGCUAUUCUCAACGUAUCCUUGUGCACCAAAAUCCCACCAAAAUCCCCUUUCUCCCUCUCCUCCACCAAACCUCUCUUCCCUUCUCUCUCUCGUUCUUCUAUCAAAUCCCAAGUUGUUCUAAGCAAGCAUCUAGCUGAAGAUUUAGCUAAAACAAGCCUGCUUGCUGCCCUUUCUGCUUCCCUCUUCUUGAUUGACCCCGCACUUGCAUUUAAGGGGGGAGGCCCUUAUGGUGCUGAAGUGACGAGGGGCCAAGAUCUCACAGGCAGGGAUUUUAGUGGAAAGACCUUAAUUAAAGAAGAUUUUAAGACGUCCAUAUUACGAAAAGCAAAUUUCAAAGGGGCAAAGUUGUUGGGAGCUAGUUUCUUUGAUGCUGAUUUAACAGGCGCUGAUCUUUCAGAUGCUGAUCUUAGAGGUGCAGAUUUUUCAUUGGCAAAUGUGACAAAGGCAAAUUUGAGCAAUGCUAACUUAGAAGGCGCACUUGCUACUGGAAACACAUCUUUUAGGGGUUCAAACAUAACUGGAGCAGAUUUCACAGAUGUGCCCUUGCGAGAUGACCAAAGGGAAUACCUUUGCAAAGUUGCAGAUGGGGUGAAUUCAACAACUGGAAAUGCUACCCGUGAUACAUUGCUUUGCAGCUAGUUCCUUUUUUUUUUAUCAAAUUCAAGUAUAGGGAAGAGGCUUCUGCUGCACUGCAUCCAUAACAGCUGCAAUUUUCAUGUGAGCUCAAGUUUGUGAAAAUUACUAUGUUGUAAGUAAAUAUAUAAUACUAAUCAAUAGUGGUGUAAUGAGUUAAAAGUCUGUCAUUAAUCAGAUUAUCAUGGUCAAUUCAUAAUCUAUAAUUCUUUGCCAA